UGUGUGUGGGAGAGAUUUUCUGGCGCUUAUCCUUUUAAAAGGAAAGAGGUGACUUAGGACCCAUCAACCAGACCAGACCAUUACAGCUCUGCUUAGAUCUCUCUAUCUAUAACCACAACUUACUACUGACACUUCAUCUUCUUAAAAACCUCUCCUUUCUUGUCGAUUUCUCCGACCCAUUAGAUCUUCCCUUCAAAACACCCUGAAAAAAAACAAAUCUUUUUAGUUUUGUCUUGCUGAAUUCUCUGUUCUGCGUGACCCAACAACACUGGUGAAGUUAGAGAUCUGUGUUCUUCUUGUCUGAAAUGGGGAGCUCAAUGGAUGAGAAAGUGGUUGCUGUGAUCAUGGUCGGUGGUCCAACCAAAGGUACUCGAUUCCGACCAUUGUCCCUGAAUAUUCCAAAGCCUCUGUUUCCUAUCGCCGGACAGCCAAUGGUGCAUCAUCCAAUUUCAGCGUGUAAAAGGAUUCCAAACUUAGCUCAAAUCUAUCUUGUUGGUUUCUAUGAGGAAAGGGAGUUUGCACUUUAUGUCUCUGCCAUCUCCAACGAACUCAAAGUUCCUGUCAGAUAUCUGAGAGAAGACAAGCCACAUGGUUCUGCUGGUGGUCUGUAUCACUUUAGAAAUCUAAUCAUGGAAGAUGACCCGUCUCAUAUCUUCCUGCUUAACUGUGAUGUUUGCUGCAGUUUCCCUUUGCCUGAAAUGCUCGAGGCUCAUCGGAAAUAUGGUGGAAUUGGAACACUUCUUGUGAUCAAGGUCUCUCCCGAAUCAGCCAGCCAGUUUGGAGAACUGGUUGCGGAUCCAGUUACUAAUGAGCUGCUUCAUUACACCGAGAAACCUGAAACUUUUGUCAGUGACCGUAUUAACUGCGGUGUUUAUGUAUUUACACCUGACAUUUUUACUGCCAUAAGAGAAGUUUCUUCUCAAACGAAAGAUACAGCAACUCUGAGACGUGUUUCCAGCGUUGAAGCUCUUCAACCGGCAACAAGGAACUCCACGGAUUUUGUAAGACUGGAUCAAGACAUCCUUUCACCUCUAGCUGGGAAGAAACAGCUAUAUACUUACGAGACUAAGGAUUUCUGGGAGCAAAUUAAAUCUCCUGGAAUGUCGCUGAGGUGCUCGGAACUCUAUCUUUCUCAAUUCAGGUUGACCUCACCACAAGUGCUGGCUAGUGGUGAUGGAACAAAGAGUGCCAUAGUGAUUGGUGAUGUUUUCAUACAUCCUUCUGCAAAAGUACACCCAACUGCCAAGAUUGGUCCCAACGUCUCAAUCUCUGCAAAUGCUCGUGUUGGACCGGGUGUCAGGCUUAUCAGCUGUAUCAUCCUUGAUGACGUUGAGAUCAUGGAAAAUGCAGUUGUGACUAACGCAAUUGUUGGGUGGAAAUCUUCUAUCGGGAGAUGGUCACGUGUCCAGGCAUGUUCCUCUCUUAAGAGCCUGACCUUUAAAUGUUUCUGUUUGGUUUCCUUAAACAAUCAUGAACCUGGCUCUAUACUUUGUCGAUCACAGGCUGAGGGAGUCUACAACUCCAAACUCGGAGUCACAAUUCUCGGAGACUCGGUUGCAGUUGAAGACGAGGUUGUGGUGAUCAGCAGUAUCGUUCUUCCAAACAAGACACUCAACGUCAGUGUUCAAGACGAGAUCAUCUUGUAACUGAAGAAACGAACCAACCCUUGUGGAUCCAUACCAUGUCCCUGUGGACUAUAGAAUCACAGGAACAAGUAUUGGGGAAGUAACUCAAAUGAAUCAUUUAUUUACAUCAAAAUUGCCAACUUUGUAUUAGAUUCCAUCAUCUAUAUUCAGUAAAACGCACUGAAUUUUUGGCUCAUGAUAAUAAAGCAAUUGUGUAUUUGGUCUUA